AUGGCGAAGCACUGGCACAUAGUGUAUCUGUGGAGUGUUUGGUAUUUCCAGACCGUUAAUAUUUCAGCUUUUAACCUGGACACUGAGAAUGUGUUGCAGAGAAACGGAGAUCCAGGAAGCUUGUUUGGGUUUUCUGUUGCCUUUCACCAGCAGCUGAGCCCUGCCAGAAAGAACCUUGAGCUCAGCUUGUUUCUUUUACUAGAGUUCCUCAAUAGUAAAGGCAUAAACGGCCAGUGGAUGGGAGUUAGAGUGAUGAGCCAAGGUCCUGGUCAAAAUGUAAUGACUUGUGCUCAUCGAUACCAGCAGUGGAGCCCGAGUCCAAGCGUGAAUGUCCCUCGUCUGGUGACGGGUCAGUGUUAUCUCUUAGGAGAUGACCUGAAGGUUGGGAAGGAAGAGAGGACAUGGAGGAGGGUAGUUUGUGAUUCUGAGCACCUAACCAGACGUCGCAAGGACCAUGAGUGGUUUGCAUACUGCCAGCAGGGUCAUGGAGCAUCUUUUGCAAGGGACAACAGAUCACUGUUGUUUGGAGCACCUGGCGCUUAUCAGUGGAAAGGAAUUGUACGACUGGAGCUCUUGGACAACCUGGACAUCUUGAGUGAAGAUACUCGUGAAACUGGGGACAUAGACCUGUUUAAUAAAAACCUCAUUCCACUCCAGAGAAACAGCUACCUGGGAUUCUCCAUUGACUCUGGUAUGGCCCUGUUCAGAAAGGGUGAGCUGACGAUCGUAUCAGGAGCCCCCCGUGGAGGCUACAGCGGCCAGGUGACAUUUCUUAAGGCAGACCCUGUGGCAAAGCGAAGUUUGUCUGUGGAGUUAGUCCUCUCUGGUCCAGGCCUGGCCUCCUCCUUUGGCUAUGAUGUGGCAGUGGUUGAUUUAAAUGGUGACGGAUGGGAGGACCUUGCUGUAGGAGCACCAGAGUUCUUUGUCAAAGAUGGUUUGGUUGGAGGAGCCGUCUACAUCUAUAUCAACAACAAAGGAAAGAACUGGGAGGAUAUUGUUCCAACACAGCUCCUUGGACAUAAAGACUCCAUGUUCGGCCUUGCAGUGGAAAACAUAGGAGAUAUCAAUCAAGACGGUUAUGGAGAUAUUGCUGUGGGGGCACCAUAUGAUGGUUCAGGUCAGGUAUAUCUCUACUGUGGCUCAUUAGACGGUAUCCACAAAAAGCCAGCACAGGUACUCUCAUCAGGAUCCAAUAAAAUUAAUCUCUUUGGAUAUUCUCUGUCUGGCAACUUGGAUGUGGACGGCAAUCAGUACCCUGAUUUGGCUGUGGGAUCUCUCUCAGAUUCUGUUUUUGUUUACAGAGCAAGGCCAGUGGUCACUGUCAGCCACUCUCUACAGGUGACACCAAGUGAAAUAGACAUCACAAAGGAACAGUUGCUCAACUACACCUUUGAGGUUGAUGCUGAGAAGAGGAAAGCGAGGCUUCCUCCCAGAGUCGACUUUCUGGGUUCGUCUCGAGGAAAACUGGAGCUGGCACGACAGGGGACAACAAUCUGCACUGACACCGAGCUACGACUUCUGCGUGAUAUCAUGGACAGGCUGCACAGAAUCCCCGUGUCUGUGUCAGUAUCCCUGUGGAGUCCCAGUCAGACAACCAGGACGAGUGCAUAUCUGUCCAACAUAACUCCUGUCCUCAACCUCUACCAGAAGAAGAGCAAUGUCUCAGAGAUCGUCCUAAUAAACAAGGGCUGUGGCAGCGACAACAUUUGCCAAAGUAACCUAGAGUUACAAUACAAGUUCUGUUCCAGAAAAACACAAAAUGAUCAAGAUGUUUUCAAGUCACUAUCCAGAGAGGAUGGUGUAGCAGUCAUCACUCCCUCUGAUGAAGACAUAGCCUUAGAGGUCACCGUGACUAACAGAAACGGUGAUGACGCACACCAGAGUCACUCAAUCAUCUUGCUCCCAGAUUCUCUUCAUUACUCCUCUAUUGUUUACGGUACAGCAGCAGAAACACAAGUGAAAUGUACAGCCAAUGCCAAAGGAACAGUAGUAGACUGUGAACUGGGAAACCCACUCCAAAGAGAUGCUGAAGUUACGUUUUAUGUCAUACUCACAACGUCCAGCAUUUCCCUGAGUACAAAAGACAUCAACGUCACCAUGCAACUUGAGACGACAAGUGUGCAGACCAUACAACCAGUCGAGGCAUUAGCCAAAGUGGUUUUUGAGCUGGAGCUGCAAGUAUAUGGACUAGCCAGGCCAUCCCAAGUGUCACUUGGCAAAACCUUGAUUGGUGAAAGUGCCAUAAAAUCAGUGGAUGAAAUUGGAACCCCAGUUCGAUAUGAAUUUAGGAUAAUGAAUUUGGGCAGACCACUCAAAUCUUUCGCCAAUGCUUCACUAAACAUCUACUGGCCAAAAGAGAACGUUGUAGGAAAAUGGCUUCUGUACCUGACUCAGAUCACCAGUGAAGGCGUACAGUCUGUCUCCUGCUCGCCUGUAAACGAAAUCAAUCCACUUAAACAUGUGAAGGAUUACAGCUCUUUGAAUUAUCUUGACAUUGUUGUGGAUGCCACCCUCAGUUUAAACAACUCUCCAGAGAAUAUUGGACUUAAACCGGAGAAGCCUGAGACAAAGCAUGAAUGUAUCAACUGUCUCGCACAUAACAAGAAGCCCUCAUACAAUAAAGAUCCAGAGACUGCUCCUCUAAAAGGCUAA